CCUUUCUUAUGUCCAGUGCAUCACGGGAUUCCAAACAUGGCGUCGAAGGUAAACAGCUGUGGAUCUACAUAGGGAUCGAAUGUUUUAUUUCACUCCGUGAUCAUUGCUUCUUUUAUCCCCCUAUCAAGGAAUAAAGUGGCAUUUUAAUGUCUAGGAAGCGGCCCCGCGUAGAACAAGGCCACAACAAGGGCGAUUCUCAAUUAGCAAGUCGGUUGAGAGAGUCUGUCGCGAACGGAAAUGUGAAAGUUGUUCGAGAGUUAAUUACACAAGGCGCCUCUGCAAACCAAAAGGACGCGAAUGGCUGGACGUUACUGCAUCUAGCGGCCAGUAGGGGAAAAGAGAGAGCUCUCAGAGUACUUCUAGAGAAAGGCGGUGAUGCUUUUGCAAAGGACUUUGUAGGAGGUUUUACUGCUAUGCAUUAUGCUGCCAUGCAUGGCCGGACACGGAUCUCACGCUUACUUUUAGACUACAAAGGGAUAGACAAAGCACAACUUGUUGAUGCAAGAAGCGAAGACGGCUGGACACCACUUCAUGUGGCCUCACACUAUGGCAGAGAAUCGUUUGUCAAGCUUUUAAUAGAGUCCAAAGCACAGGUAGAUGCACUCAGCGACAAAGGCACAACCGCUCUACAACUUGCUAUUAUUCGUGAAAGAACUAGCUGUAUCAAAGUGCUUUUAGAGUCCAGUGCUAAUAUAGAUGUGCAGUAUGGUUUUCCACUGAGAUAUGCAGUGAUCAAGGGGAACAUCAACUGUGCUAGAAUGCUAGUAUUGCAUGGUGCAAAACCAAGCAUUAAAAGAGCAGAGGACGGACAGAGUCCACUCCACUUGGCGUGUUUACGAAACAGUGAAGCCCUUGCACGUUUGCUGUACAGGUUUGGAGCCGAUGUGAAUGCAUUCAAUGACGAAGGGCUGACCCCUCUAGCGAUAUCUAAAAUGAUGUACAACCUUAACACUGUGGAAAAUGGGUGUGUGCAGUUCCUAGAAUAUGCUACCCGUAACCCAAGGAGUCUGCAGGAUAUAUGUCGACUUGUCAUUCGUGAAAAUCUUGGCGCAAAGCGUCUCAAAAGGAUAUAUGAUUUACCCUUGCCCACUGUCAUGAAAGACUUUCUUCAUUACAAGUACGAUCUCCAUGAAACAUAGGACGUUAUUUAUACCAUAAUGAAUAAAUAUAUACCAUUAUAAUAAUUUAUUGAUGUCUAUAUACUACAUAAGAUGUAAAAUUUAUAACUAGUUUUGAAAUAGGGUAUUUUAUAAUUAUUAUACAAUAUUGUCAUUUGUUAUGUUAUAAUAACUAGAUUACUAGCAGUAAUAACCUAAAUUAUUUUAGAUGAGCAUCUUUUUUCUAUCAGUCCUUAUUACUUUAUCACCCAUAUGUCAUAUGUAUAUGUUUCACCAGGUGUACAGUAUACCUAGACCGGCUUAGGAAAAUAAAAAAAUAAAAAAUAUUUCAAUGAUA